AGCUCUGAAUGAGUUGACGCUGGUUGUAGGAAUGGCGGCUUUGAUUACUAGAGGAAGGAACCCAAAGACCCUGAAACUUUACGUCUAACGGCGUCGCAGAGGAAUUAGUUCCUACGAAACACGGGGACGCCGUCCCGUAGCGGUUGGAAGCGAAAAUAAGUCAGUGUAGCGCGAGAUUAGCGCGGUAGAUGUCCGGGACUAAGCGACUAGUCGCUAGUUAGCUUCACGUCAGUGCCACUGACUUUGAAUCAACGUAGCUGUUAGCUGAACUAGCCAGCUGUUGGCUGUUUGGCUUGGAUGGCCCAACAAGUUAACUAACUGUAUGAAAACGUUCCUUGUUUGAUUUGUGAAGUGGGAAACGACUCUCUUAGUCAUCAGACACUGUUUGAGACUUUCACAGAGCGCGAUAUCAAGCGACAGCAGGUCGACUUUUGCGCGUUGUGAGCAUUAUUACUCCUGCUAACCUCUCCGUUAGCUAGUGCGCUAACGCUUAGCUAAGUUGGGAUCCUGAAGUCUCGCCCAUUUUUUGGGAUCCUGCCCCAGCCAUUGGCUAAGGGCUAAUCAACACCCAACGAGUCCGCUUCUCAGGUCGGAUUGUUGCUACCAUGGAGAGCCUAACUCUGACUGAUAUCGAGCAGAAAUACUACUCGGAUUUGUUCGUGUACUGCGACACGGACAACACCAAAAAAGUGGCAUCAAACGGGAGAGUUCUUGACCUUUUCCGGGCGGCCCAGUUACCCAGCGAAGUUGUCCUGCAGAUCACUGAACUGUGUGGAGCCACUCGGCUGGGUCACUUUGGAAGGAGCCAGUUCUACAUCGCUCUCAAGCUCAUAGCCAUCGCUCAGUCGGGGCUGCCCCUGAGGGUGGAAAGCCUCAAUUCGGUCAAGGACCUCCCGCUGCCCAGGUUCGUUGUGGGGAAGAACGAGGCGGAGGCAAGGCACGCGGCUCUGUACCAGGACCCAGACGGCCAGGGUUUGUAUCCAGCUUCUGCCACCGCAGUAAUACCUCGGCCUCCAGGCAGGGGACUCCAGAACAAGAAAGGUCCCCCAACUUCUGCCUCACUUCCUGUCCAUGAAGUCAUCCAGCCCCUGGCACCCAGCAUAGAGUCACAGCCCGAGCCAACGUCCCCGGUGGUCUCCCCUCACCAGUCCCCCCCAACCUCCCCUCCCUCCUGGAGGAAACACAAACGACAGCACAGCGGAGGAAACGCAGACCGACAGGCGGUGGUGGCCGCAACUGGAGUCGUGUGGCAGCAGUUCAGAGAACCACAAACAGGUGCAGGUCCAGUGCCCGGUGAUGGCAUGUGGUCGUCACACUCGCCCCCUCCGCCGGGUCAGGAAAGCUGGGUCAGUUUCACAGCAGACACCCCGCCAUCCAGCACAGUCCCAGCAAUGCAUCCCUCGUCAGUCCAGGAAAGCACAACGAUACGAACGGUGGCCUCCGCGGCGACGACCAACGAGAUCCAGCGACAGUCCAGCGGCUACGACGACCCGUGGAAGAUCACGGAUGAGCAACGGCAGUAUUAUAUUAACCAGUUUAAAACCAUCCAGCCAGACCUCACCGGCUUUAUACCUGGUUCAGCAGCAAAAGAAUUCUUCACCAAAUCAAAACUACCAAUUUUAGAGCUGUCACAUAUUUGGGAGCUGUCGGAUUUCGAUAAAGAUGGGGCGCUGACCCUGGAUGAGUUCUGCGCCGCCUUUCACCUGGUCGUAGCCAGGAAGAAUGGCUAUGACCUUCCUGAGAAGCUGCCUGAAAGUCUGAUGCCAAAGCUGAUUGACCUGGAUGACUCAGCAGAAGUCCCGGAGCAAACUGCAGACGUGGGAUACUCGGGCUCUCCGGUGGAGGUCACCCCCAACAAAUCGCCCUCCAUGCCUUCACUCAACCAGGCCUGGCCCGAGAUGAACCAGAGCAAUGAGCAGUGGGAGACGUUUAGCGAGCGCUCCUCCAGCUCACAAACUCUGACCCAAUUUGACUCUAACAUUGCACCAGCUGACCCUGACACAGCCAUCGUCCACCCAGUGCCCAUCAGGAUGACGCCCAGUAAAAUCCACAUGCAGGAGAUGGAGCUGAAGAGAACAGGCAGCGACCACAACCACCCCACGAGUCCUCUGCUCGCCAAACCUCCAGAACUGUCCGAGGAAGCCAAACUUCCUGCUUCCAUCAAGUUUGUAGCCGCCAACACUGUAGGUGAUGGUUAUAGCAGUUCAGACUCGUACACAUCAGACCAGGAGCCAAUCACAAGACAAAGGUCCCAGUCAGGUGCGUCUCCGGAAGCUCUGAAGGUUGUCGCCCCUCCUCCUCCUCCCCCUCGCCCUCACCCCUCCCACUCUCGCUCCUCGUCUCUGGACAUGAACCGCACCUUCGCUGCUGCGUCGACCACGGGACAAACGCAACCGUCGACGAUAGCGUUCCCUCCUGCUGUACCUCCACGACCUCUACCAACACAGACAUCGGCACCGCACACUGGACAUCGCGUGGAGGCGGAGCCGGUACCAGGAGGCGGGGCGGCUCUCACUGCCACCACCUCGCCUCAGCAGAUUCCUCAGCAGCCUAAUUUUGCAGACUUCAGUCAGUUUCAGGCGUUUGCCGCUUCCGAACAGCCUUCCAGCCUCCCGGAGGUCGACAAACACAGUGAGGCAGGACAGGUGGAAAAGGCACCAGAAGGUGCCGGCCCUUUAAGAACUGUGAAGAGUGAUGGCCAAGUAGACGAGAGGUCCUCGGCUACUGUCAACUCGGUCAAAGGUUCGUCUGGUCCUCUAGCUCCUCCUCCCAAACCUGUGCGCCGGAGGUUGAAAUCUGAAGACGAGCUGCGGCCGGAGGACGAGCAACACGGCCCGCAGAAAUCCAACGUCAUAGCUGCUGUUCUGUCCACUCAGCCCUCUAUUCCCCGGUCGGUAGGAAAGGACAAGAAGUCAAUUCAAGCUUCAAUCAGAAGAAACAAGGAGACAAACACAGUAUUGGCACGACUUAACAGUGAAUUACAGCAACAGUUGAAGGACCUGCUUGAGGAGAGGAUAUCUCUGGAAGUCCAGCUGGAGCAGCUCAGACCUUUCUCACAUCUUUAGAUGGAAAACAUCUUCGGGAAGCAAGACUGUGUGACUCCCCCCCACAGCCCCUGCCAUCCUCAACUUCUUCCUCCCCUUCCUUCUGUCACCUCUGCUUUCCCUGGAGGCUCCAAACCUGCCGCGGUGCACACACACACACACACACACACACACACUUGUCAAUCACAAGCCAGUAGGACGUGAGAGCACAGUCUUAACCAGGAGGGAGGAGGUGGAGGAGGAGGUGGUGACGGGAGCGAGCGAGCGAGCGGGCGGGGGUUUUUACAAACUGGCACUUUUCAAUCUUCUCUGAAGAGAGGUGAAGGUGAGGACGGCGGCGAACUGAGAAACAGUUCGGAGACACGGACUCGACGCUGCAAAUGCUGGUGUCUGAUCACUUAAAUCUCUGAGUGACUGAAGAAGAGAGGUGGAGUGUAUGCGUUUGUGUGUGUGUGUGUGUGUGUGUCUUUGUGUAUUUGUGUUCCUGUUUUGUGACUUGAGGUUAGCGUCAGUAUGUUUGCUCUCUCCUCGAGAACAGCCACACCAAUUACAAUUCUGAUAUUCAAUUCUACCGACGUUAAAUCUCCAAUUAACCUAGCUUUGCUUAAAGACUGGAAACCUGGCUCUCUCUAAAGCUCAGCAAUGAAAUGUGUUGCAUCCACCAUAAACAGUCCCAACAAUUCUAAAAAAGAACAUUUGGUGGGUUUUCGCUGUUGGAUGAGGUCUUUCAAUUGGUGUUUCGUCUUGAGUGUGUGGUUAACUGUACUAAAACCACUGAAAACGUAACUCUUUAAACAUCAGAGACAAUUUAUUUGACUCCUGUGUGUCACCGGUUCCAAUAUUUAAAAACAGAAAUGAUUAAAAAUAGGUCAUAGACAUGUGAAAAGCUCAUUUUUAGAGGCUGAAGGAAAAGAGUGAGUAAUGGAAAGAAAUUGGCGUUUUUUUCUCUCGACUGGACGUUGGUGUGGUUGGUCUCCACAUAAAACAUACUGGUCUGCCUCUGGACAAGACGUUUUUUUUAUGUGUGUGUUAUUGUGCGGCCUUUAGUGGCUAAAUCAUCAUGGUGAAGGCGUUGUUAUUUUUGUUUUUUUUACUCAUCCUGUGACAUGAAUUCAGCCCACAUCCUUCUUCUUCUUCUUCUUCUUCUUCUUCUUACUGCACUCAAAAACAUUUCUGUGUGUGAAGGUAUGACAUGAACGUAUGCUUUGUCCUCUGUUCUCUCCGUCGUGUUCCAGUGUUUGAUGUGACUGAAUGGUUUAACUUUAAUGCCAAAUGACUGAACAUCACUUACUCACCUCUACGUGCACUGUUGCAACUUCUUUAUCUUCAUACAGUUUUUUUUUUCUUCACCACUUCUGUGGCUCCACAUUUCAGUCUUUCUUCUUUUUUUUGUAAGCCUUGUGUUCCUUGAUUCCUGAAGUUAUUUUCACUCUUAAAAUUCAUGUGGACGGGAAAACGUUUUAGUCGCAGCACGACAUUCACGUGAAGUUUUUUUGGGUUUUUUUUGUUGUUGUUUUACGGCAUAAUAUGAAGAACUGUGUUGCUGAUCCAGAUGUGAUGCUGAUUUGAAAAUGUAACUGUUGGCACUAUGCAAGUAUGGGCAAAAUGAUCCAGUAUCUCCACAGACCAACUCUACUCUAGCUGUGUGAGCAGUAGACUCUGAUUUGUUUUCUUUUUGUAUCAUAGAUCUUCCAAAAACACCAUCUACUGUACAUUUGUGAUCUGUUGUGUUGUUGUUUGUCCACCUCCCUCUUCUCUUCCCCCGCUCCAGACAGAAAUAAACACCUGAUCAGUGUUUUUAUCGGAAUGAUUUCCCCUGCAAAAAUGAAGCCUAACAGCACUACAGACAGAUGGAGACCAGUCGACAAAGUGGGAGACCUGAAUGCCCCGACAGCACUUUGAAACU